AUGAGGUCAGCUUCUCGUCCUGCUGCCCGUUCUCCACCACGUCAGCCUCCACAGCCAGCUGCGCCUGCUCCUCCACCAGCGCCUGUACAAAGGGGAUCUGCAAGUGGAGGGCUUGGUUCUGUAGUUGCUGAAGGCAUUGCCAUUGGUGGUGGGAAUGGUAUUGCCCACAGGGCUAUGGAUUUCGUGUUGGGUCCCACGGCCAUAAAACAUGAGACAGUGGCCUCCCCUGCCCCUACUGCUGAGGCAGCAACCAUGAACAGUCUUGAAGGUUCUGAUGCAUGUGGUGGCCAAUUCAAAGCCUUCCAAGAUUGCCUGAAUUACUGUGGAAGUGAUAUCAGCAAAUGCCAGACCUACAUGGAUAUGCUGAGUGAAUGCCGCAAAAAUACUGGCAGUGGCCUGAGUGCUUGA